AUGUCAGUGGUCAUCCCUACAGCGACCUACGCCUGUGAGACGUGGACGAAGACAGCCAGCAUCACCAACAAGUUGGAUGUCCUCCAUCGACGGUGCCUCAGAUCCAUCCUGAAGAUCUCAUGGAGAGACAACAUCACCGAUGAAGAGGUGAUGAGGAGGACAGGUGAAGCACCUUCGUCUGACAUCGUCUCUGACAGGAGGAAGAGAAAGACCGAACAUGGACUCUGACCGCCAAGAGAGAGAGAGACAGGCAGGUGUGGCGAUAGAGGGAGGACAAAGAAGACAAGGAGACAAACAGCCGAGGAAGACCUGAGGAGACGGGAGUCAGCUGGCGUGGAGCAAGAAGGGACGCUAAGGACCGGAGCGAACGGAGGGGACUCGUCGCCUGAUGGUCCAAUAGGAACAGGAGGAACUAAGUCUGAGUCAGUAAGUCUGCGACAUGAAAACACGGUUAGAAAAUUCCUUCCUCAGAGAACAGCAGGAACGCACAAAAGAUGUUAUCUUGAAAUCUGUUGUGCACAAGAUAUUUAUCCUGUUCAGACGACUCGUGAAGGAUGAUAUCCUGCUCACAUGAAAAAUAUCAUCUCAUGUUCACAAGAUUAGUAUGUUGUGCACAAAUGAAUGAUCCUGUGAGCACGAUAUCAGUGUUCAUGAGUCGUACCAACAGGAUAAAAAUCUUGUGCACAAAAUUUUUCAAUAUUUAUAUUUGAAAGUUUCUUUAUCUUGUGUGCAUCACAUCAUUAUCCUGUCAGCACUCUGCUCAUCAAAGACAGAUGUAUGUCAUGCGCAACAAUCUGCACGACAAUUCUCUCAUGCAUACAGGAUCUUAUCUUGUUCGUCAUCUUGCUUACACAAUAUUAUCCUGUUUGCACCAGAUACUGACUCUGUGGAAGACGGUUAUCAUGUUUGAACCAGAGGAACUCACAGGACUGUUAUCUUGUGCGCUGAAGUUUUGAUCUUGUUCGCUCAGGAUAACUGUAUCACAGUAUCUUGACUGUAUCUCAGCCGCCGCACUGAUGUCAGAGGAGGAAGUGACUCAUGUCGGCGAGUUUCUGUUUCUAUCGGCGCUUCAGAUGUUUGUCAGCGGAGGAAAAGAGAAGCAGCUUCAGCCGCCGUUUACCAAUAUGACCUCAAAGAGCAGAGGAUGAUGGGUAAUCCUGUGAGGCAGAUGAUAAACAAACACGAUCGAUACGUCUGAGUCAGCAGAAAUGUUUUUACUGUCAUCCGUGAAGUUCAGUCACAUGACGUCCGUGUCAGCAGCGGCGAAGAGGCUGAAACGUGUCUGAACAGAGACGUCAUUAGUUAACACACGUGUCAAACACACACACACACUCACACACACACACACACACACACACCUGCAGCCCAGGUUACAGAGCGUUUGUGUGUUUCUGUGUUAAUUAAUCAGAAAUAAAGUGACUAAUUAUCCAAACGUGUUCUUCUUCUUCUUCCUCUCACCAACGUUCAGACUAAACCCUCGCCCUCCGCCGCUCGUCUCCCUCUGUCAGUGUCAGGGUGGAUUAUGGGAAAGAUUCGAGGCGUCAUGUCAGGGAUUAUCUCCAAACACUUUAGUCAAUAACAGGAGAGUUCAGGUGAGCAGGGACGAGGAUCAGAGCUGCAAAUUAAAUCAGAUUAAAAAUGAAAAAUCAACAUGGAUAGAAACUCAUUUAAGAGGAUAAAGUUAUAAAUUACAGAUUUUAUCGUUUACUCAAAUGGAUAAAGUUUUAAAUUAAAGAAGGAAAACAAAAAACAAGGAUAGAGUCUUAAGACUUUGAUAUGUGUAAAUAAUUUGGUGCUGUAAAUUUAUUAUUUUAAGUCUUAUAUUUUCUUUGCUCAAUUAACUUUUUUUGUAAAAGAAAAAAGUAUUUAAAUUUAUUUUAUUUUUGUUUUAUUUCAUUUAUAUUAUAAUUAAAUAUUAAAUAUUAAAUAAAUAUUUAUUUAUCUAAAUUUGUCUUAUUAAUUUGUUUGGUCUUAAUUAAUUUAAUUUUUUAUUUAUUUUUAAAUUUUGUUUUAUUUAUUUGUUUUGUCUUAAUUUUUUAUUUAUUUAUUUAUUUUUAAAUUUUGUUUUAUUUAUUUAUUUUGUCUUUAUUAAUUUAAUUUUUAAUUUUUAAAUUCAUGUACCCUAAACCCCAACCUUUGGUUUAACCCGGACACUGUCAUUGAGGCGGAGCUUCAGUGGACUUGUACAGAAACACACAGAUGUCAAUCAUCUAAAUUACCCUAAAGUUAAAGAAGCGUUCCUGUAUCUUUAACUUCAUUAACACACUUAAUUAAAUCCCUCAGAGGUUCAGGUCUGAGGUUUUGACGUUGGCCCUCUUUGGUCCUGAACUCCUGUGGAUCUGAAACUCAGUCUGAGAUAAACACCGUAAAGGUUUUCCUACUUCAGUCUAAUCGCUCUCGUUCCUUCCUCUGAAAACUCGCCGUCUGACAGCCCGUCAUCUUGUCCGCCUGUUUCUCGGCUGCUGUACGUACUUGUCAGGACAUCUUCCAGCUGCUAAAACCAGCAUGUCCUCCAGCUCUGGCACUGGUCCCAGUAUGUCAGAGCGGGGCCGGAUGAAGAGAGCCGCUCCAGGCGCAGUGACACUGAUACCGACAGCUGCCUCCCCUUUCAGCUCGCUGCUCCGAGCUCAAACCUGCAAAACCACCUUCCUGUAGAUCGUCUGAAAUUCACUUCAACUCCUCACAUCCUCUCAGCGCACGCUUCAGGACGACAGCUCAACGUGGACGAGAGGAUCUGCUGAAAAAAUAAGUUUGAGACUUGGACUCAUUUUAAGAUUCACGGUCGAUCUUUCUUCAGUACCUUUGCCUCGAUAACAUCAGGCGCUCAGAAUCGUUCCCUCUCAUGACUUUAAUCUUACACUCCUGGUCGCCACUUUGACCGUCAUUUUCCCAGUUGGGCGUCUCAGGCUUAUUUUCCUCCAUUUUUAUUUAGAUCAGAGCGCCGUACGCCAUCGAGAAGUGAGCGACCCCCUCCUGACCUCUGAGCGUGUCGCUGUUUUGACCGAGAACACUCUGAGUAUAAACCUUCUCAUGCCGCCGUUUGGACCUCCUCAGGUGAUCGUCGACGUAUCGAUCACCUGUCAGAACGAUAGAUUAUUCUAGAAGUGAGUUUUCCUAAAAUCAGGCUCAGAAAGGCCUGAAGGUCAUGGUGCUCAGGGGCGGAUUCAGGGUUUAUCAGGGGGUGCCCUAGCCCCAGGGGUGGGUGCCUUUAUAUUAGAUGACACCCACAAAAUCCUAAACUAUUAUCACAGUCAUUAUCACCUGCGCUCGUCUUCGUCCUUUACUCCAGUGGUUCUCAACUGGUGGGUCCCGACCAAAACAGCACCCCCUGGUGACGGGCUGCACUAUAGGUCAUAAACCCCGCCUCCUUAUGGAGCUGUGGACAAACUUUAUAAAUUGAUACAGCCUGUGGGCGUACAGGGAUAGCGUAGCUCACCGGGGGAUUCGCUGUUUGAGCAGAGCGUCAUCACAGCGACUCUCAGCGACUGGUUUUGUUGGUUUAAGGAAGUGAAGAAAAACCGCAAAAUUACGAAGAACUUUUCGGCUUUAGAUCCGUAAACUGGCGGAGGGCGGAACCGAGUUGUCCAGAGUAAAUACAGUCUGUGGUCCCGACCCAAAAGUGAGUCGUGGACACGGUCUGGAUGGGUCAGGAACAGCUGGUCAAAAAUGUAAAUAUUUAACACGCAUUUGAUGUUUGACGUCUUUUAUUUUGAAAAAUAGCUUAUUUUGAAAGGCACGUGUUAUGUCGUGGUCCUCCGCGGUUUCUUAGUCUACGUUCAGACUGCAGGUUCUGAUGUUUUAACAUCUGUGACUCAUAUCUGAUUUUACUAAGAAGAAAACUGAGGUGUUUUUUCCGACUCUUUAUUUCCGACAUAUUUUAAAAACCAUCGUCUCUGUUUUUACAGAUCUUUAACUCGCCGCUGCAGCGACCCCUCAGCGCUCCCUCAUGGUUUGAUUACAAGGACAAAGAGGAAAAGCAGCUAUCCCAGGGUCCCAUCUUCUGUGUUAAGUGCAGGUCGAGCGAGGUUCAUCAGCAGCUGAUCAUCUUACAGAGAGAGAGAGAAAGAGAGAGAGAGGCCCCCGGUGGAGCUCGGGCGACCACAGACUUGCCCACAUGUUAA